GCGUAUAUAUGGGGUAUGAUUUCAGCCAUGUAUUUUGGCAUGAUAUAAAUCAAGGGUCAUUUCAUGGCCUGUGGCAUACUAGUAACUUUAGAUAUAUUUUUUACAGUCUUAUUUGGAAGCUGCAAAAUGAGGAAGGCCCAAAGAACAAAGGACAAGGAGGAAAGGCCUGCAAAGAGGAGAAAAACAGGGACAGAAGAAAGCCAAAUGGUACUUGACAUAACUCAAAAUGUGACUGUGACUGUCCUUGCGGAGCUUCAAAAAGCAGGUAUUUUGCUGAAGACUCCUACCACUGACUCUACUUCUCUGAGUGACAAUGCCAAAUCUACUUCCACAGAAACACUGCCAGGAAAAACAACAGCAUCAAACGCCACAAAGGAAACCGCAUCUAAGGAGACUCCGAUAGAGCAACCCCAAGAGGAUGUUGUAGAACUACCUGCCUCAUCAAUCCCAGGUAAAAGAGUUUCUACAUUUGGCACCAGAUGCACGAAAAGAGCCGUCAGCAAUUCCGGAAGAACUGAUGCCAAACAACUUUUGGACAACAUUGCAAAAUUGGCCUCAGCUGCAUUAGCCCCUUCUACAAAACUUACUUACAAAAGAGCAUGGACAACAUUUGAUACUUUCUGUGUGUCCUUUAAGAUACCCAACACUGUUCCAUUGAGUGUAACUACAGUUGCUCUUUUUGUGUCAUAUUUGUUUCAAGAAACCUUCUCUCCCAGAACAAUUUCAACAUAUUUGUCUGCAAUAGCUUAUGUUCAUAAGAUGUUGAACUUUGAAGAUCCAACUCUUUCAUUUUUCAUUCAAAAGCUAGUGGCAGGGUCUUAUCGACUAGGCAAUACAUUUGAUAUUCGUUUACCUAUUACGACGAAUAUACUGAAUCGUCUUCUUGACAUUAUCCCAGACGUUAUUAACAAUAAGUAUACACAACAUUGUUCAAAGCAUUAUUUUUGUUUGCAUUUUCAUCAUUUGCUAGAACAGGAGAGCUGAUAUGUGCGGCCCCAGAAAAAGCUAGUGAUGUAGUACAAUUAGCAGAUGUAACAAUUUCCUCCGUUAAAGGUAAAAUUACUGCUAUACAUGUGUGUUUCAAAAAAUUCAAACAUAACUUUGAUGGUGUACCAAAGGUCAUCUCCUUUGCUCAUGGUGAUUGUAAAAUUUCAGCUAUAUCAGCAACCACUGAUUAUUUGAAAGUUAGACCUAAUUGUCAAGGCCCAAUGUUUGUUUCCAAUACAGGAUCAUCAAUCCUGCGUACCACUUUUGACAGAACUUUGCAGAGUUGCUUACGCCUUUGUAAUUUGGAUAGUACACGUUAUAAAGGCCAUAGUUUUCGUAUCGGGGCUGCUACUGUAGCAGCAGAGAAAGGCCUAUCUGAUGCCCAAAUUAGGUCAAUGGGUAGGUGGCAUUCAAAUGCUUUCUUAAAGUAUAUCCGCUCUAAUUUGUAAGGAUUACCACAAAUUGUACCAUGACAAUGAGUUUUCCCCUGCUUACCCAUAUAUAUAUAACCUGUUUUACUAAAAUGCCAAGUUACCUGCUUGGGCUGGUAGCUUUCAUUUAUUUCAUCUGUUAGAAGAUUAUUCUGUUUCCUGUAGGGUAUGGAACCAGUUUUUCAUUUUUGUUGCCUGACAUUUGUGAUCUGAAAGUUGCUUGCUGGGGCCAGCAACUUUCCUUGUUUGGAACAUGAAAGACUAUAAAACAUCACAAUUCCCCCAUUUUAAGUUAACUGUAUAAUGACUUGUUACUUGCUUGGGGCUAGUAACUUAAUGUAUAUAAUACCUCAGUGCACAGUUUUUGUUUUCUUCCUUAGAGUUUACCUGAUCUAGUCAUUAGU